UUCACCAAGCUCGACGAAGAGUUAAUGUCUGCGCCACUCAAGCUUUUGGGUGCUAAUUUCGACAAGGAAGCUCUAAAAUCAAGGCAAAUACCGGAUUUGAGUCAACAUCCACUUGCAUUGCCCGUAAUGCUUCCAGCCGUUUCUGUUGUGCGUUAAUGGCUGUCUUUGACACUGCCAAACAAGACUUGUAUGUUGCUUGUUCUGGGGACAGCCGUGCAGUCGCCGGCAUCUGGGAAGAAGAUGAGAACGGCGACGGCUCAUGGAGAGUCGAGGUUCUCAGCGAAGACCAAACAGGACGCAACCCCAUGGAACACGAGAGGAUCAUAUGCAGAAUUCAAUCUGAGCACCCGCCAGAGGAGGCAGAAGAUGUUAUUGUCAGGGGCCGUGUUCUCGGCGGCCUCGAACCUACUCGAGCCUUUGGGGAUGCUCGGUACAAGUGGCCUCGCGACGUUCAGGACGUUCUCAACACGGCGUUCCUCGUUGGAAACAACAAACCCCUCCGUCCACCCCCUUCGACAUUCAAAACGCCGCCUUACGUGACUGCGACUCCAGUCGUCACCCACCGUGCACUCCCCUUCACCGAGUUGACCAAUGGCUUCGCGCCGCCAAAAUCCUCGACUCCUCGUUUCAUCGUCCUUGCAACGGAUGGGUUAUGGGAUAAGCUAACCUCAGAAGAGGUCGUUGCCCUUGUUGGAGGCGCCCUUCAAGGUUUGACUGGAACUGUUUCAAAGUCCGAGCUCCACACACUUGCUCCUACGUCCUCGGGGUUGUUGUCAACUGUUGAGGGUAAGGAAAAGCGGUCCCUCAAGGACGAUGACCAUCCACACAGCGACUCUUGGUCCUUCGGAGAUGACAACCUCGGCGUUCACCUGAUUCGGAACGCUUUCGGUGGAGGCGACCAACAUGCAAUCAGGAGGUUAAUGAGCAUACCAUAUCCACAUGCACGACGCUAUCGGGACGACACAACUGUGACUGUAGUUGUGUGGAAAGACGACGAAGAUGGCGCAGAGGAAGUAGCUACAGUUAGCACCAGGCCGGACCAGCAGGUUGAGAUCUAUAGCAAACCGUCAGGUAGCGCAAACGACGUAUCUAAUGCCAAAUCAAAGCUAUAGGUGCAUCGUAAUAUUUCUCGUGCACUUGCACUAGUGUGACACCCGAUAAGACUGCGUUCCGCUAAAGCACAACUGGUCGGCGCACAUGCAACUACUCCAGCAAUAUUAUUAUCUAUAAUAGGUACUUCUUCUUUCCUGUAUACUUUUUGCUGCUUGGAGAAGAGCGUGUUGCUCCCUGCGACACGAUUAUAUGGG